GGCUGCGAAAAGAUCGAAGAUGGUAGUUCCUACACAAUUUGUCAAUGCAACCACUUAACACAUUUUGCAUUAAUGGCUCAACCAAUUCAAUCGAAAGCUCAUUUGAAUGCAUUAGAUGUGGUUACAUAUAUUGGAACUGGAUGUUCUCUGCUUUGUAUUAUCAUUACUAUGAUAAUUUAUGUUAAUUCCUCUCUCUGUAACACUUCUAGCCUUAAUUCGGAAAGAUUUAUCGUCCACAAAAAUCUUCUAAUAGCUUUAUUUCUUGCGCAAUCUACACUGCUUGGCGCUAUGAAUGCUACAGGAAAUGUCAUUGCUUGUAAAAUUAGUAGCAUCCUCCUUCACAUCUUUUAUUUGGCAACGUUUUCAUGGAUGUUGGUGGAGGCGAUCCAUUUAUACUUUCUUAUCGUGACCGUUUUCAAUCACAAGAGCAAGCUAAAAAUUUACUUU